CAUUUUUUGUUAGCGCACUCAUUUUGCGCAGCAGGCGUUUUUUUAUUUGGUAUCGUGAAAAAGUAGCUAGAAGAAUAUAGGUUGUUUUUAAAGCAGUUUUAACCUUAGUUUGUUUUGGGCUGCAGUAUUUGUCCAAUUAAUUUAAUUCACAGCGUGAAACCGUUUCAAAUGUGUCGUUUAUCACCCGGUGAGUAGACCAGAGAUGUGGGAAUACAACCUGUUAUUCUGGCUAAUGGUGGCUACUGGCUAGUUAGCUUAACAUUCAGGUGCUGGAGAAUGAUGCAGUCCCUAACCCCAGAUGUUGAAGUUCGACUCUCAGUGGGCCAAUGCGUCCGAACUCUCACUACCUCCAAAGAGAAGGAAGAGGUGACCAAAACUCUACACACACUAACCAGUUACCUGGACGAUGGGCCUCAGAGUACAAUUACAUCAGCUCAGCGAGCAGAGUUCAGUCGAGCCCACUACACCCGGACCCUACAGUUUCUCAUCAGUAACAUCAAUGCUGAUUGGCUCCAGCUUCUUACCGUUGCCCAGUGCACAGAAUUGUGGGAUGGUUUGUUCCUCCGAGGUCCUCCAGACCAGACUCUGUUAGCGCUGAUGGAUGGUAUCAGCUCAAUGAGCAGCCCCAGUGCAGGUCUGGACCGUUUAGUCAGCAUCCUAGAGCGGUUCCUUCAGAGUGGUCGUCUGACAGUCCUACUGUGGACCCGCUGUCAGGGGACGGGUCUCUCCGACUCUCCCCAGCUCAGAGAGACCCUGCUGAGCCGCCUGGUGGCUCUGCCUGACCUGACUGCCAACCAGCUGCACCACCACAACAAGACCCUCUUCCUCCCCCAGCAGUACUACCCCUUAUUGGCCAGAGAUAUGCUCACUGUGCUAGAGAGAACCUGUCAGGCUCUGAGAGAUAGAAAAGACUGCUCUCUGACUUUUGUGGCCCAGGCACUGGGGAAGGCCUGUGUUCAGGGACACAGUGCGUUAGUAUUUGGGGUGCUGGCCCCUCACCUCUCCUCCUGCACGCUUUCAGACAUGGUGUGGCAAAGGGUGUGCUGGAAGCUGCUGGAGAAUGUCCCAGAGCGCUGGCUGGAGAGCGUGCUCACUGGGAUGGUGCAGGCUGUCAACAGACCUGAUGCUCUGUCCAGGAUCAUGGGGAACCUGGUGUUGAAGAACAAAAAGGCCCAGUUUGUCAUCACCCAUAAACUGCUGCUGCUCCAAUACAAAUAUGAGACUCGUGUGUUGAGCAUUCUUCUAGGCUACCUGGCUCAGGACAGGGAGAGAAGGCCACUACUUAUACAGGUGCUGCGGUCGCUGUGCCAGGCCUGGGCUAACCCCAGUGCAGUCAGACACACCCCUCUGGAGCAGCAGCUCUAUGUGAGCCGGGCUCUGCUGCUGUGUGUGGGACUACUGAGUGAUGCAGAGCUACAGGAGCUACGCUCAGAGCUGCUGCAGUGCAUGUUGGGAGGGAUGCAGAGCCACCUGGACAGCAGUGUAGUCCGUGUGAGGCGCAUGGGCAUGGUGGUGGGGGAGUGUCUCAGCUCCCGCAUGGAUGUCAAUGGAGCCAAACUCAAAUUCGAAUAUGAGCAUGAUGAGGAGACCGAGGAGCUGCUCUCACUGAUGACUCCACUGUCUGAGGAAGAAACAGAGCUGCUUGAUGACAGAUUGGAUCUUCCUCAAGACGUCAAAGGGAAGACUGUACCCUCUCAGGCAGUACCAUCCCAGGCUGCUUCCGUGGCUCAGAAAUCAGGAGCUGACCCAGACUCAGAGCUGGAUAGUGAUGAUGAGCUCACCCCCUAUGACAUGUCAGCUGACCAGGAGAUGAGCCAAGCUGCCCCACCUCGCUACCUCCGAGACUGUCUGGAGGCCUUCCUCUCAUCUGAGGACCCAGUGAGGGUGGAUCUCAGUCUGAGAGCCAUUGAGGGCUUGGUGAGGAAGAACACUUCUACAGCUCGAGAGGUCAGUGUUGAACUGAGCAAGGUGCUGCUGCACAUGGAGGACAGGUACAACACUGUGGGUUUCCUGAGUCUCAGGCAGGCUGCUAUGGUGGCCCUCACUGUCACCGACUCUGUCCCAGUGACUGAGUAUCUGACCACAGAGUUCUACUCCAUGAAUUACAGUAUACGACAACGGCUGGAUAUUUUAGAGGUUCUUAUUAUGUCUGCGCAGGAGCUCUCUCAACCAAUCACUGACAAAGAAGGUCCAUCCAAGGCCAUUCAGCGGGUUACCAUGAAUACACCCCUUUACCCCGGCGAUGACCCCAUACACUGGCGACAAGUGGUGGAGAGGCGGAUUCAGAGUAAGACCAAACGGCUCAGUAAGGGCGUCACUCACCCCCCAGCCAAGCCCACCCCAAACCGUUAUGCCCCUGUUGCUGGCCACUUCUUCUUCCCUCUGCUCAGAAACUAUGACAGGCCUCAGGUGACCUUUGACCUGCUGGGCGGUGACCACCUGGUUCUGGGGAGACUGAUCCACACGCUGGGACUCCUCAUGCACCUAGCAGUCAAUGCUCCGGUGGCCACUCAGAUGGGCAGAGCUCUGUUGGAUUUUGUCUGGGCCGUACGCUACCACGUUGACCAGAUGGUGCGGCGAGGAGUCCUAUUUGCUGUCUGUUCCGUCUUUCUGAGCAUGCCCAGUCAGAGUUUGCUGGUGGAGCUCAGUGAUCAGCUGUUUGAGACCAGAGCAUGGCUGGCAGACGUAGCUGAAGGCGACCCUGAUACAGACUGCAGGAACCUGGCCGUGCAGAGCCUGGUGCUGCUGGAGAAGAGUCUGAAGACUGAAAUGAACCCUGCUGCACUGGUCCUGCAGUCAUGAUCACAACAUGAUGAUACACAGUGGACCUUGAAGUUCUAUCCCUCUGGUGUACAAAAGGCAACAAACAGCUAGUGUAUUGGUUGUGACUGCCGGUGUAUUGGUAGUGACUGCUUUAGGACACUGAUUGUGACAUGAGUACAAAUUAUGCUUGCCAACAGGAACUGGCUGGCAGAAAGCCUGAGGAUGUGGCGGAUCCUGGACACUGAAGGAUUUCCUUUAAGCUAGAGCUACAGGCGCUGCAUCCCCACCAUAUCCUGAAAUGAAUAAAUGCAUGCCAAAGGAAAGAAGUAUGUUUAUGUGAAGGAGGAGUGUGGAACAGUGCUACACAUACACUGCAUUGUUUGGGGUUUUAGGCUGUGUUUCUGUGUAGCACUUUGACAUCGGAUGAUGUAAAAGGGGCUUCAUAGAUACUGGAUUUCAAUCAAUCACAUUUAAGGGACCAUAGCUUUCAUCUGGAUUGAGUCUGUCAUGGAUAGAGCAGGUGUUCCUAAUGUUUUGUACACUCAGUGUAUACUUGCAGACACACACACAAAUUCAUUAAGCAGUUGAAACAUACCAAGACUGGAAAGGAGGAUGUCAUUAGACAAAAAUAAAUUACAUGUAUUAAAA